GGGGAGAUGCUGGGGGACCGCACGCUGCGGCUGCAGCACGGGAACCGCAUCGAGGCCCUGUGCGUGCUGGGCACUCGCAUCGCCGCCGAUGUCUAUGGGGCGGCCCCACCUGGGGCAGUCUCCUUCGGUGUGAAGCACACGGAGGGGGUGGCUGUGGAGGUGGCCUGCCGGGGGCAGGAGGAGGCUGGGACAAGCCCUGGCAGUGGGACACGGUGGCCGCUGCACGAGGGGACAGUCCUGAGCUUCAGCAUGAGCCAGGCCAGCACCGAGCUCAAUGACAACAAGGUCACCAUCAGCUUCUAUGCGGAGGGAGGGCAGCCCAUCAACCAAACCGGAGUCUUCCUCACCGGCAUCGGGAUCUCUCUGGACGUGGAUGCGGACCGGGAUGGUGUGGUGGAGAAGAACAAUCCUCACAAGGCCAGCUGGAGCUGGGGUCCUGAGGGACACGGAGCCAUUCUGCUCGUCAGCUGCGACAAGGAGAGCCCCUUCACUCCAGCAUCAGACAGUGACAACCAAAGAGUCUUCAACAAAGAAGAUUUGCUGGACAUGUCUCGGAUGGUCCUGAGGACUGAAGGGCCACAGCGCCUGCCCCGGGGCUAUGAAAUCAUUCUCCAUAUUCCUGUCUCUGAUGCAGACAAAGUUGGGGUCUUCUAUAUGCAGAAUCCCUUCUUUGGGCAGCGCUACGUCCAUGUGCUGGGCCAGAAGAAGCUCUACCACACCCUGAAGUACACUGGGGGAGCUGCUGAGCUUGAGUUCUUUGUUGAGGGGCUCUGCUUUCCUGAUGACACCUUCUCUGGGCUGGUCUCCAUCCAUGUCAGCCUCCUGGAAUCCCCCACUGAGGGCAUCCCCCCCACACCAAUCUUCACUGACACAGUAGUGUUCAGGGUAGCUCCAUGGAUCAUGACCCCCAACACUUUGGCACCCGUGAACCUCUUCGUCUGCAGCAUGAAGGACAACUACCUCUUCAUCAAGGAGAUCAAAGACCUGGUGAGCAAGGCUGGCUGCGAGCUGAGGGCUUGCUUUGGCUACAUCAACCGUGGGGACCGCUGGAUGCAGGACGAGGUUGAGUUUGGCUACACCCACGCUCCCCACAGAAGCUUCCCCGUGGUGCUGGACUCCCCUCGAGAUGGACAGCUGGAGCAGUUCCCCAUCAAGGAGCUGCUGGGCCCUGAUUUUGGCUAUGUGAGCAGAGAGCCUCUCUUUGAAGCCAUCACCAGCCUGGACUCCUUUGGCAACCUGGAGGUCAGCCCACCUGUGACCGUGGCAGGGAAGGAGUAUCCCUUGGGAAGGAUCCUCAUUGGCAGCAGCUUCCCCACAUCUGCAGGGAGGAGGAUGACCAAAGUGGUGAAGGAGUUCCUCUACGCCCAGCAAGUGCAGGCUCCCGUGGAGCUCUACUCGGACUGGCUGGCCGUGGGCCACGUCGAUGAGUUCGUCACUUUCGUGCCCACCUCUGAUGCAAAGCGGUUUCGGAUGCUGAUGGCCAGCCCUGCAGCCUGCUACAAGCUCUUUCGGGAGAAGCAGAAGGAAGGCCAGGGGGAAGCCACCAUGUUCAAAGGCUACACAGGGAUGGACACCAAAAGAGUCACCAUCAACAAAGUCCUCUCCAACGACCUCCUGGUGCAGCAGAACCAAUAUGUCCAGCGCUGCAUUGACUGGAACAGGGACGUCCUGAAGAAGGAGCUGGGGCUGACAGAGGAGGACAUCAUCGACCUGCCAGCCCUCUUCAAGCUGGACAAGCAGGGCAAAGCUGUGCCAUACUUCCCCAACAUGGUCACCAUGAUCAUCCUGGCCAAGGACUUGGGCAUCCCCAAACCCUUUGGCCCCGUGACGGGGGGCGAAUGCUGCCUGGAGCGCAGGACCCGCUCCCUGCUGGAGCCCCUGGGCCUCCGCUGCCGCUUCCUGGAGGAGGUGGCCUCCUACCACGGCAGCCUGGGUGAGGUUCGCUGCGGCACCAACGUCCACCGGCAGCCCUUCGCCUUCAAGUGGUGGCACGUAACGCCGUAG